CACUUGCUGGUGUGAGUUUGAGCUCAGUGGUCUGUUAAGGUUGUGGUGGUGUUGAGCCUGGCUAUAGCCUGAACAUUAACAACAUGGUUAACAGGAGGCGAAACGGAUCUCGCAGCCAGCAGGCUCAUGCUCAGCACAGACACAGACCACCAGCUGCCAAGACUCUAAGAGAACCAGCAAUCUUUUCUUGUGGUUUGGGCACAGAUUCUGAUGUCACUCAUGAUAAGGUGACUUUAGCCCAUGCCCGGCGUGGCACACCUGCUCACCGACCUGUGAGGGUCUAUGCUGAUGGAAUAUUUGACCUUUUCCACUCUGGUCAUGCAAGAGCUUUAAUGCAGGCCAAGAAUCUUUUUCCAAACACAAGCUUGAUUGUUGGAGUUUGCAGUGACAAGUUGACACACAGGUAUAAAGGCUACACCGUGAUGACUGAGUCAGAGCGCUACGAGGCCCUCAUCCACUGCCGCUAUGUAGAUGAGGUCGUUCGAGAUGCUCCAUGGACAAUCACACCUGAGUUCCUGAAAAAACAUAGGAUUGACUUUGUGGCCCAUGAUGAUAUCCCAUACACUUCAGCAGGAUCAGAAGAUGUGUACAAACAUAUCAAAGCAGCAGGAAUGUUUGUACCCACUCAGAGGACAGAAGGUAUUUCCACCUCUGACCUUAUCACACGGAUUGUCAAAGACUACGAUGUCUAUGUCAGACGGAACUUGCAGAGAGGCUACACAGCCCGGGAACUGAACGUCAGCUUCAUCAAUGAGAACAAGUAUCGUCUGCAGAACCAGGUGGAUAAGAUGAAGGAAAAGGUGAAGACAGUGGAAGAGAAGUCCAAACACUUAGUCCACCGGGUGGAGGAGAAGAGCCAUGACCUCAUUUUUAAAUGGGAGGAAAAAUCUCGUGAGUUUAUCGGUAACUUCCUGGAGCUCUUUGGCCCUGAUGGACCGUGGCACAUGAUUCAGGAGCGGAGUGGCCGUGUGCUGCAGGCCCUGUCUCCGUACCAGUCUCCCCGCACCUCUCCCAGCAGCAGCCCUACAAGAGAGCGCUCUCUCUCACCCCGACCCUCUAAGCUUCAACCAGCUCACCACCAGUAACAGAGGGGGCAGUAAACACAUUUAUACACCAUCAAUUAUACCUAAACACCUUUCAGUCCUCCAGCAUAAAACUUACGUGCAUACUAACAGCCCUUGCAAGUUUGUGAUCAACCCACAUGCACCCCAUAAAACAUGUCAGUGCUUUACUGCCGCAUUCCACAAUUUCAUCCACUAACUGAAUUAUUGAAAGCACUGUAUGUGGCAUGGUAUGUGACAUUCAACUUACUUUGCAUUAUAUAUUUCUUGUAUUACUAACUUGACCAUAAUUUAUUGAUUUGUAUUUGUUAAUUAUGUAAGGGACAACAACACUUACACUAUAUGAAUAAUAAUGUAAUUUUCUACAUUGACAUGCCAUUAACUGUAAUUUUAUUUAACAAUAUUUAUUUAUAUUACAAAAUAGGUUUAGAAUCAUUUCCCAUAACAAACACUGUAUAUGCAUUCUUGUUUCGACCCAUUUAAAAAGCAUUUUCUUAUUUUUUCAGAUUUAAAUUAAAUGUGUGUAUCUGCACAUUCAUUGAAAAAUAAAGUUGAAUGUCAAGCA